AUGCCGCGCGAGGCUGAGCCGUCCCUCAACGAGAAGGCGUUCCUAGUACAGGCCCUGCAAGAGGGCCAUCGACUCGACGGCCGUGGAUUCGAGCAGUUUCGAAAGCUGGAACUUAACUUUGGAGACCAGUAUGGAGUUGCAGACGUCACAUUAGGCAAAACGAGGGUACUUGCAAAGGUCUCUGCCGAGGUUACUGCCCCGUAUCCCGACAGACCAUUCGAUGGCAUCUUUGCAAUCAGUUCAGAGCUCAGCCCGAUGGCCUCCCCGGCUUUCGAGGUGAACAGACCAACCGAAACCGAGGUUCUGCUUUCUCGGCUCCUUGAAAAGACGGUUCGAAGAUCCAACGCCCUCGAUACGGAGUCGUUAUGUCUGGUUGCUGGUCAGAAGGUGUGGUCGAUAAGAGUAGACCUGCACGUUUUGUCGCACGACGGAAAUCUCAUCGACGUUUCAUGUUUGGCGGUGGUCGCAGCAUUGCGGCACUUUAGAAAACCAGAUACAAGCAUUGAGGGAGAGACAUUGACGGUAUACACGCCGGCAGAGAGAGAGCCGGUCCCGCUCAGUUGGCUACACACCCCAUUGUGUAUCACUUUCAGCUUUUACGGAGACGAUGGGGAUAUCGUGUUACUGGAUACCACGCUGUUGGAAGAGCAGUUGCGAGUGAGCAGCUGUACAAUCAGUCUCAACAAGCACGGAGAGAUAUGUCAGGUCGCAAAGCUUGGUGGUACACCCGUCGAAGCCUUGUCGCUAGUACAAUGCGCCAACAUUGCCAUGCAGCAGGUCAAGGUAUUCUCAAAUAUGCUUGACCAGAAGCUGGCCGAGGACUCGAAACGGAGGGACAAGGGAGGACUCCUGGCUGAGCUGUCUGCAGAGAACGCGAGGUAG